GACCCUUCGUCCCGCAUCGUUUCCUCCUCCUUUUUCCCCGUUCGUCCCCUGGAUUGGCGUCUACCCGGCGCGACCCGGACCGAAUCCUAAGUCCGCCUGCCGCCGCCGCCGCCGGCUCCCGUUGGAAACGAGUUUGGAGUAAAGAAACCAACCUUGCAUCUGUGUUCUGUCUGUCUAUGCUGCUUUGCUUUGGAUUCACAAAAAAAUAAGCCUUGCAUCUCACUGACUUGAGAUAACUAUGCCUAAGGACAGGAGCUCCCGCGUUUCCUCUCACGAGAGCCGCCGGGCUCGUGCCUCCCCAUACUUGUCAGCGUCUCAUGGACAGAGCAGUUCUUCACGCCGGUCACAAGAGUCUCCUGCGGCCGCGGCAGCGAAGCAAGCUGCAGAGUGGGAGGAUGUUCGGUGCUCGGUCUGCAUGGACCACCCGCACAACGCUGUCCUGCUGGUCUGCUCGUCGCACGAGAAGGGCUGCCGCCCCUUCAUGUGCGACACCAGCUCGCGGCACUCCAAUUGCUAUGACCAGUACCGGAAGGCCUCCAAGGACUCCUCCAAGGAUUCAGGGACAGAGUGCAGCGAGUGCCAGCAGCAGGUCCAGCUCUCGUGCCCGCUGUGCCGUGGGCCAGUCAGCGACUGCAUCAAGGACUACGACGCACGGAGGUACAUGAACACCAAGGUCCGGUCCUGCACCAUGGAGUCGUGCGAGUUCAGGGGUGCCUACCAGGAGCUGAGGAAGCAUGCUAGGGUGGAGCACCCAGCGGCGAGGCCGAUGGAGGUAGACCCUGAACGGCAGCGGGAUUGGCGCCGGAUGGAGCAGCAGCGGGACCUUGGAGACUUGAUGAGCAUGCUGCGUUCAGGGUUCAACGCCAACGUUGAGGACAACAGCGGCGAACUUGGAGCCACCGAAGAAGGGGAAGAGGAAGCCGCAAGGACUCCGGCCUCCAUAACAAUGGUCUUCAUCAUGCCGUCUAGAGGCUCAAUCAUGCAGUACUUAACAGAACGUAGCAGGGCGAUCAUUCUGGUCAGCCGGAGGCGAGCAAGCAGUGGCAGUGGUGAUGCUGAGGCCACAGCACCAGACAGCGAGGAAGGUGAUGACCCUAUGUUGCCAUCGGCAGAGGCGUCUGCUGGUUCGCAGCGUUCUUCCGAAGAAGAGGCUGACGGUGACCACGCCCAAUGACAGAAGUCAGCUAGCAGGAGGUGUGCCAUGGCCCAUGGCAUCUUCUUGGCCUGAAGAUCCCGACCUGCUUGGUAUGUGAUGCUGUAUGCUGGGAAGAAAACAUGGAUGCAGGUGCCAUCAAGCAAUGGAAAGGAAAAAAAAACAAUUGAGUGGUUGCAUCUAUCUUGUCUGAAUGGAUUUCUUUUUCCAUGCGUUGUAAUUCUCUCUCAUAUAUUAUCAUAUGAAAUAGAUUCGGCCGUAUUUGCACUGCAU